AUGGAACAAAAUAUUAAAAUAAUCUUAUAUGUCAAAAUUGCUUCGUUUAUCCUUUCGGCGUGGAUAUGCUAUUUUAACGAUUAUGAGCUUACUUUUAACAAAUAUUUUGGUGAGAAUUACGACGUUGGUAGAAAAAUAUAUACAACAAAUUCUCGAUCAUUAGCAAAACAUAAGCAGGAAAUGUGCUCAAAUAUUUUAGGUUUAAAAGAAGAUAUACCAUUUAGUGGAGAAAACGAUAAUAGAAAAAACAAAAAAUCGAAUAGAAGAUCGCUAAAUAAUGCAAGUUACUAUACUGAAAUUAUAGAUUAUAAUAAUGGAAUGUUUGAUGGAAAGCAUUUCCAUUUUGAAAAAAAAUGGAUCACAAAAAAAGAUUAUGAUAAUAUUGUUGAAAGAAAUCGAAGAAUUUGUGAUAUAGCUUUACAAAAAACAAAGUUUAGAAGUUAUGGAUUUGGGGUUACUCUGUUUUUUCUUUUAUUCGUGGUGGGAGUAGCAUACGCCAUAUUAGAAGGAUUUAAACUGUUUGGAAGUGCAGGGAAAGUGUUCGCAAAGUUGUUAUUUUCCAAUGAUACUGCUACAAAAGCAGGACCCUAUGUUUUUACGGUAUUAUUUGGCUUACUUAUUGUUAUAUUAUCUAUAAUAAUUAUAAUAGUGAUUCCUAGGAUUUUAAAAAAUAAUGAAAAAUAUGAAAAAAUUAAGUUGAUAUCUGAGUAA